AUGAGUGCAGCCGAGGUUCGCCAGCGCAAGCCUCUCCCCCGCCAGGACACGAGUGAGCUUCAAAAACACUCCACCAAACCCCCCGUCGAGCCACGUCUCAAACAUGGCAUCCCUAUGCAAAUCGCCCGCUCCCUGGCCAUGGCGGCCUGGUUCGACUGCUGCUGCGUCGUCAUCUUCGUCACUCAGCUCAUCGGUGCCCCGCUGUACCUGAUUAACAAGAACUGGUACUACACGUACAUGGCUUAUACAAAACAGAACUUUAGCCUGACAAUCACCGCUCUGACGGAGUAUGGUUGCCCGACCCUAUUCCGGGUCAGCGGAGACGAGAGCGUCCGGGGCCAGGUGCAUCUGUCCGAGGAUGGGAUGCUGCGGACCCAGUUCCCAGAGCGACUGGUCCUGAUCGCUAAUCACCAAGUCUAUACCGAUUGGAUUUAUCUAUGGUGGAUCGCCUACACAAAUGUCAUGCAUGGCCGUAUCUUUAUCAUCUUGAAAGAGUCACUCAAGUAUAUCCCCGUCAUGGGCCAGGGCAUGAUGUUCUACGGGUUUAUUUUCAUGGCCCGGAAAUGGGAGUCUGAUAAGCCCCGCCUUCAACAUCGGUUGGAAAAGUUGAAGACGAGAGUAUCAGGCUCCAAGUCUAGCAAGUCGCAAUUUGACCCGAUGUGGCUAAUGAUCUUUCCCGAGGGCACGAAUUUGUCCCUCAAUACUAAGCGGCGGAGUGAUGAGUUUGGUAAGAAGCAGGGCUAUGACUCGUUCAACCAUAUGAUUUUACCUCGCUCGACGGGUCUGUUCUUCUGUCUGCAGCAGCUACGGGGAACCGUCGACUACGUGUACGACAGUACGAUUGCCUACGAGGGUCCAGCGAAGGGUAUCUAUCCUGACAAGUACUUCACCCUCCGCUCUACAUACGUGCGCGGCCGCCCACCAACCUCUGUCAACAUGCACUGGAGACGCUUCGCCGUCGCAGACAUCCCCCUCGACGACCAAAAGGAAUUUGACGAAUGGCUUCGCGCUCGCUGGGCCGAAAAAGACGAGCUGAUGAAUCACUACUUUGAAACCGGGCGCUUCCCUUCCGACCUGGCCGGCUCCAUCGAGGCUAAGAACGCUACCGAGGAGCAGAAAGUGGCCAUCUCCGGUGGUUAUGUAGAGUCUUACCUCCGAUUGCACCAUUGGAGUGAUAUUAUCCAGAUCUUCAUUGUUCUGCUUGGUCUUGCAUUUCUUUGCAGGUUCAUUUGCACAUGUUCUCACUAG